UAAUAAUUCUUGAAAGAUUAGUUAUAAUUUUUUAAAAAUUAAAUUAAAAUUAAUCGUUUUUUAAUAAUAGAGAGCUGAUAUAAUUCGUUAAUUAUUGAUCAGUUUAUUCAUUUAAGUAUCGUGUAGAAACGAAGUUUAUUUCUGCACAUUCGCUUAUACAAUAUAACCGAAGCUUUCCAUUUUCGUGGAACACUAUAUAUGAGAGAAUUUUUCAAAGAUGAAAGUGGUUCUUCUCCUCUGCGUGGUGGCCGUGAUUUGUGUUGCUGGUCAAACUAAGCUGAAUCUGUGCGGCAGACCAUUGUCCGAAGCGCGCGCUUUGCUUUGCUUCGGAGCUCAGACGGUCAACAAACGGGACUCGAACUCGCUAUCACUCUCUGAUGGAGAAGACAAGAUUGUGGAAGAUGAUUGGCCUUGGGACGGGCGCAGAGCCGCUCUGAGUGCAAGCUGGUCGCGAUCCAAACGGCAAGGAAUCGUCAAUGAAUGUUGCUACAAAUCGUGCGAGAUCAGCGAGAUACUUACCUACUGCUAAACUCUUUCAUUUAAAAACGGUCAGCCCCAGAUGAAUGGUAUAAAUUUUGUCACGUUGACGUCUAUUAUUUUGUAAUUCAUACAUUUGGAAUCUUCGUAUAUACUUUUGAGACUGACUGUCCAUAGCUUGCCACAAAUCUUGAAUCUUUUAAUCUAAUUUCGAAAUAUAAAAGUGAAUUAAUUUA